AGAAGAGUUUCCCCUUUUUACUCUUCUCCUUAUUUUUCGUAUGCCCCUCUCUCUCUCUCACGCAAGCAUUCUUAUUUUAUAAGCUAGCGAUAUGUUACAUACCAUGUACCUUUUCAUUAUGCAAUUUAUAUGUAUUCGCAAUCGCGAGGGAGAGAAAUUCGCGUAUCCUCACAUGUUCCGUAUAGACGACGACAAAUUCUAUCGAUUCCCAUUGUACAUAACAAAUAUCGUAUUUUCUUUGACUCAGCACGCCGCGGACCUCGCUGCGCCUUAUCCAGAGCGAGAUUAUCGCCCGUUAUCGUCGUCCCUUCGCGGUAGGCGCGAAACGCGAUCCCGGUGAAACGUGAUCGGCCACCUGUAUCCUGUAUCCCCGUAUAGCAUAAUUCCUCCUAUCGAACAAACAAAGGAACGGUUACUCGUCGGCAAACAGUUAACGACGGUCGGCUCCGUCAUCAGGUUACUCCGGACUUAUUUUUCUCACCUUAGAUUACUUUGGGCUUAUUUUUCUCACCUUUUGCCGUCGGGUCAUCGCCGCGGGAAAAAAAACACACGUGUGAAAGACGCGGUUCCGAUUCCCGAGGGAGGCGAUCGUAGAAAUCUCGUCGAUGUGGCGCGACGUUUCGUUGAGAGAACGCGCGUGAGAUCCCGCGGUCUGAGUGACGCGUUUUCCUUCCCCCUCGAGAAGACGGCACUUUGAUGGUCCCAGACGAACGGUGAUCAUGUCGACCAAAACCAUGGUACGAAGGACGAGGUCCGGUAACUUCGAGUACCGCGGCAACACCAGAUUUCCAGCGGGCGUGUACACGAUCCAUCCACCGUCGGCGUGCGAUCGCGUCAUCGGAGACAGACCGAUUCAUCUGAAGAGGAGCAACGCGUACGAGGGGAAAGAGGUCGGGAGAAUAAGGGAUAAGAGCGGUACGAGGAAGUACCUAAUUCCCUCAAAGGAGCCCACGAUAUAUCCAAAGAUCAUGACGAGGAAGGAGUAUGAGGCUCUGAGGGAACGCAGCCGUGUGAUCACGAGCGAGGAGAGACAAGCGGCCGCGGAGGCCGCGGAGAAGGAGAGAGAGAGGCUGAUGAAGGAGAGCUUGGCGCGGAAGGAGGCGAUACGUAUGAUGGAUAUAAAGAAGAGCCGCGAAAAGGAUCCGAGAACGAGGGAGAUCGAGGAAGAGGCGAGAAGGAGGACGAUGCAUGUCCUCGAGCGAGCGUACAACAUGCGUCUGGAGCAAGAAGAGGAAAUACAGAAGUGUAAUCGGCUUAUCCUGGAAACCAAAUGCCGCGCUAUCCGUGACGCUCAAAUCGCGGAGAAGAAGUUGAUAGAGAAGGAGCUUCUCGAGGAGGAAAAACGGUUGGACGAGAUGAUGGAGGACGAGAGGAGAUGGGCCAUCAAGGAAGAGUCGCGAAAGGAGCAGGAGGAGACAGCCAAGAGGCUGCAAUUCGCCAAGAUUCUGAAGGAGCAGAUCGUAGAAAAUGAAGAGCAACGGAUCCUCGAGUUUGAGAGGAAACAGGAGGAAAGCCGUCUCAUCAACUUAAACAAUAUCGCGUGGCAGCAAGACGAGAUCGAAAAGCUGCGCGAUAAAGAGGCUGAGAACGCUAAGGUGCGGCAGGAACUUGCGGAAGGAAACGAACAAUUGAAACAUUUCAAGGCUAUGGAACAGGAGGAGAAUAGAAUUAUAGAUUUAAGGAUACAAAAUUAUCACCGAUUGAAAGAGGAAAGGGAGGCUAAAAAGGCGGAGGAGCAGAAAUUAGAGAAAUUAAAAAGGGAACGAGAAAAAGCUAGAGUGGCGAUGCGAACGGUGCAGGCGUAUGAGUUUCAGGCGCAAAUUGACGAGAUCAAUGCAGCUCGGGUUCAGGAAGAAGUGGAACGGGAAUGGAGACAAAAAGAAAAGGAAGAAGCUUUGAAAAAAUUAGAGGCUCAAAGGAUUCUUCAGAAAGAAAGAGAGGAACAAAUAAACAAUAAGCAGAUAAUGCAGGCCAUUGAAAUCGAGCGAAACAGACGAGAAUUCGAGAAGAUUGUACGCGUGCAACGAGCAGCUUUUUGUAGGGAAAAGAAGGAACUCGAGCAAAAACAACAACAGGCUCUUAUUCAUCGUAGUGAAAUAUUAAAACAAGUAAAUAAAAAGGAACGAGAACGCAUUGUUGAACGACAAAAGGUGUUCGAAGAAGGUCUGGCGAUACGUGCAGAGGCUGCGACGCGAAAGAAGAAAUUGCAAGAUGCGAUGGAACGAAAAUGCCAAGAAAUGAGAGAGAACAAAGUUCCCGAUAUUUACAUUAAUGAAGUAAAACGAAUGAUUGAAAAUAUUCAAUGAAUUACGUGACCAGGUUAAGAAAUAAAAUUGAGAGCUUCGAGUCCACUUUUAAAAAUGACAAACUACGUACUUCAUGAAUAUCUUUGGUUUCAUUGUAUUUAUACAAACAUGACUAUGAGAAACGAAAGUAAUAAAAAAGUUCUAAUCUA